AUGAACACCUUCAUGAAGAUGAAUCUGAGGGCGCUCAACAGAUUUGGAAGCGAUUCUCUACCUCCGGAAGAAAUCUUCAGAAAAUUCAGAUUGUACAGCACAAAACCACUUGAUAUGAAGAGGUUAAAGCCCAUGAUCUUCAAGCGGAUUGAGGAACGAUCCACGGAAUAUCCUGUCAAAGGUAUACUUCAGGUGGCCAACGAGGUUCUACGGGCUCGGGCCGCCCUAUACGACGGCGUAUCAACACUCAUCAAGCACGUACCCGUCUUGGCUUGCAAAUACUGCUCUGAAGUUUUUAUUGGUGAAAGUGGUCACUUAAUUCAUACUUGCCAUGGUCACCGCCAUCACGCAAAGAACAAGGCUCAUACCUGGGUGAAAGGAAGCUUGAAUGAUGUUAUUGUCCCCGUAGAAACCUUUCAUCUUGAGAGAAUGUUCCAGAAUGUACUCGAACACAAUGAAAGACUCGAUCACGACAGGAUUCCUGCAGUCAUCGAGCUCUGCCUGCAAGCAGGGGCAAUUACCAACAGCCAAGAUAUUGUCAAACCCGAUAACCUUGAAAACAACAACACAACUGAUCCGGAUAAACUAUCACAAGAUGAUCUAAGGAGAGAGGCAACAAGAACCCUACAUGCAUGGGAGGCCAUCCGAUCGGGAGUUCACAAGCUGUUGAAAGUUCAUCCAGCUAGGGUCUGCAAACGCUGUAACCAAGUGCAUGUAGGCCCGUCGGGCCACAAGCCCCUGAUGUGCAGGGUGUGUAAGCAUGACAAUCUCCAUUUAUGGGAGAAGGCAAGGGUGGACAAUUUGGUGCCCCAAAAAGUAGUUUGGAUCAGACGGAAGCAAGAUCCGCCAGUACUUGUGGAUAAGGGGCGGGAGUAUUACGGGCGGGCGCCUGUUGUGGUGGAUUUAUGCAGUAAGGCGGGUGCACUGGUCCCGUCAAGAUACUUUUGUAUGAUGAAAUUGGAUGGAUUGACUGCUCCAGUUUGA